AUGGGCCAGUGUGUCACCAAAUGCAAGAAUCCAUCAUCUACCUUAGGCAGCAAAAAUGGAGAUCGGGAUCCCAGUGGCAAAUCCCAUAGUAAGCGCAGUGGGAGCCACCGAGAUGAUCACACCCCAACUUGUGGGAAGCCUGGUGGUGACAUCCUUGUCAAUGGGACCAAGAAGGCAGAGGCAGCUUCAGAGUCAUGUCAGUUUCCAACAUCAUCUGGAGAUGCCAGGAGGGAUCCUGAGUCCAGCACUGAGGAGUCAUCCCUGCAGAGGAUGGAGGAACUAUUUAGGCGUUAUAAGGAUGAGCGGGAAGAGGCGAUUUUGGAGGAAGGCAUGGAGCGCUUCUGUAAUGAUCUGUGUGUUGAUCCCACAGAAUUUAAAGUACUAGUCUUGGCUUGGAAAUUCCAGGCUGCUACCAUGUGCAAGUUCACAAGGAAGGAGUUUUUUGAGGGCUGCAAAGCCAUAAGUGCAGACAGCAUUGAUGGGAUUUGUGCUCGGUUCCCCAGUCUCCUAAAUGAAGCCAAACAAGAGGAUAAGUUCAAGGAUCUCUACCGCUUUACAUUUCAGUUUGGCCUGGACUCUGAAGAAGGGCAGAGGUCACUGCAUAGGGAAAUAGCCAUUGCCCUUUGGAAGCUUGUUUUUACCCAAAACAACCCCCCUGUGUUGGACCAGUGGUUACACUUCCUAACAGAGAACCCCUCGGGAGUCAAGGGAAUUUCCCGGGACACAUGGAACAUGUUCCUAAACUUUACUCAGGUGAUCGGACCCGACCUCAGUAACUACAGUGAAGAUGAGGCCUGGCCUAGUCUCUUUGAUACCUUUGUGGAAUGGGAGAUGGAACGAAGGAAAAAGGGAGAGGAAACGAAAGGUCUGACGACUUCAGACACAGAGAGCCUGUGUCAAGAGGAGCAGACUUAUCAGUAUGUGUGA